AUGGCUAUCUCCAUGUCCGUUGUCCUGGAAGCUGGGGUGAGCAAGACAAAGAAAUCCUAUGCACAGGGCCCUCCGGGAGGUGGUCAGCCAGCCUUUCCCGGCUUCUCCAUGAUGGGUCACCAGCGUCAGAAAGGUGACGCCCUCAAGGAAUACAGCCUAGACUUGACCGAGCUCGCCAGGAACGGCAAGCUCGACCCUACCAUUGGCCGUGACGACGAGAUACGGAGGACUAUCCAGAUUCUAUCUCGUCGCACAAAGUCCAAUCCAGUCCUCAUCGGACCCCCUGGUGUCGGUAAGACGGCUAUCCUCGAAGGCCUGGCACAGCGUAUAGUCGCAAAAGAAGUCCCAGAGUCCCUUCAAAACAAGCGCGUUUUGUCUAUCGACCUCGCCGCCAUCAUGGCCGGCUCUGGCAUUCGCGGCCAGUUUGAGGAAAAGUUCAAGGCCCUUAUCAAAGACAUUGAGAACGAGGCUGGCAAUGUCAUUUGCUUCAUUGACGAACUCCACACCCUUUUCAACCUCGGCAAGACCGAAGGCAGCAUCGACGCUGGCCAAAUGAUCAAGCCCGCCCUCGCCCGCGGCCUCCAGCUCGUCGGCGCAACGACCCCCGACGAGUACCGCAAGACGAUCGGCAAAGACGCCGCGCUCGAGCGCCGCUUCCAGCCCGUCACCAUCGACGAGCCCACCGUCGACGCCACCAUCUCCAUCCUCCGCGGUCUCAAGCCGCGGUACGAAGUCCACCACGGCGUCGGGAUCGCCGACAGCGCGCUCGUCACCGCCGCCGUUUACGCCUCCCGGUACAUCUCUGACCGGUUCCUGCCCGACAAGGCGAUCGACCUGGUCGACGAGGCGGCGUCCGCGCUCCGGCUCGCGCAGGAGUCGAAGCCCGACGAGCUCGAGAAGCUGGACCGGGAGAUCAUGACGCUGGAGAUCGAGCGCGAGAGCCUGCGGCACGAGACGGACGUGUUCUCCGCGGAGCGCCGGGCGAGCGUCGAGGCGCAGCUGAAGCAGAAGCGCGAGGAGGCGGCGCAGCUGACGAGCGUGUGGCAGGCGGAGCGGGCGCGGCUCGACAAGAUCAAGGAGACGAAGGAGCGUCUCGAGGAGGCGAAGCGCGAGCUGGAGAUCGCGCAGAGGCAGGGCCAGUACGAGAAGGCGUCGCGGCUGCGGUUCGCGACGAUCCCCGAGCUGGAGAAGCAGCUGCCGGCGGAGGGCGAGCGCGGGGAGAGCGAGGACGCGGAGGGCCCGCUCGCGAUGCUGCACGACCGGGUGACGAGCGCGGACAUCGCGCGGGUCGUGGCGAAGGCGACGGGCAUUCCGGUCCAGAGCUUGUUGAAGGGCGAGAGGGAGAAGCUCGUACAUAUGGAGGACGCGUUGAAAAAGCGGGUCGUCGGCCAGGACCACGUCGUGGAGGCCGUCAGCGACGCCGUCCGAAUCUCGCGCGCGGGCUUGCAGGCGCCCAAUCGCCCCGUCGCGUCCUUCCUCUUCCUUGGGCCCACCGGGGUCGGCAAGACGGAGAUGUGCAAGGCGUUGGCUCAGUUCCUGUUCAACGACGAACAGCGCGGGUUGAUCAACAUCAACAUGUCAGAGUACCAUGAUAGACACACGAUCUCCCGACUCAUCGGCGCCGCGCCCGGCUACGUCGGCUUCGAAGAGGGCGGCCAGCUCACAGAGGCAGUCCGUCGCAAGCCCUACGCCGUGGUCCUGCUCGACGAGCUCGAGAAGGCGCACAAGGACGUGGCGAUGAUCCUGCUCCAGAUCCUCGAUGAGGGCUCCAUCACCGACUCCCAGGGCCGCAAGGUCGACUUCAAGAACACGAUCAUCUGCCUCACCUCCAACCUCGGCUCGGACGUCCUCGCGCACGCGUCGGCGUCGGACCCCGCCACGGGCGUCGUCACCCCCGACGCGCGCGCCGAGGUGCUCGAGCGCACGGCGGAGUACUUCCCGCCGGAGCUGCUGAACCGGCUCGACUCGAUGCUGGUGUUCAACAAGCUGUCGCGGGCGAGCAUCCUGCAGGUGGUCGACCUGCGGCUGAAGGACGUGAGCGACCGGUUGAGGCCGAGGAGGAUCACGAUGGACGUCGAUGGUAGUGCGAAGGAGUGGCUCGUCAGGGAGGGCUACUCGGACCUGUACGGGGCGCGGGCGAUCGCGCGGAUCGUGCGGACGAAGGUGCUCUUCCCGCUCGCGCAGAAGCUGCUCAAGGGUACGAUCAGGGACGGGGACGUGGUGCAGAUCCGCGCGUCGGAGGAUGGGAAGACGCUCGAGAUCAAGGACAACCACCCGCCUGACCCGUCGAUCGGGUCGAGUGCGACGCCUGUAGAGGCAUCGACACUCGAGCGUGUUAACGAGGAUGAGCCGUCCUUUGCGUGA